AGAUACAUGGUUUCAGACAGAUGCUUAUCUGUUAAAUGCCUUAGACUACCAAAAUAAUGAAUAUUAUUGCUAAUGACGACUUCAUCAGGUUGAAUUCAGCAUGUGUUUUUAGUAUAACAGCAGGCCCCAAGCAGCAUAGUUUAAUAAUUUCAUAACUACACACAUAAAUAUAAACUCACCAGUGAGGAAUUCAGCUCUUUAUUACUUUCAGUUCCUGCUAAUUAAAAGGUGCCUUCCUUUCUAUAUACACCCGACGGUUCUUUUUCAAUUUCUGACUCUGCGUCAGUCACAAACUGAAGAACACACCUUUGUUUCAGUCCAGCUGAUACAAAUGAGACAAACUAAGUCAGCCUAAGGCAGCAGGGUAACAGUGGUGAUGUUGUUUUCUGCUGCUUGGUGAAAGUUACUGGAGCUCCAGAGAAGCCCCUGCUGUCCUCUCUGCAGCCCAGCGAGCUCCAGUGUUUUCUGCUCCAUGCAGAGACAUUGAUUGGAGAGCAAUUGCUGUGUGAGUGACUGGUGUCCUGCCCCGAGGCUGCAGCAAUGCAUCACUCCACACCGUGCAGUCACAGAGAGAUCCCUCAGAGUAACACAGCCUUCAACCUCGGGCACUCUCAAGACCGGGGAGGUGAAAGGUCCCACUGAGCUUGACCAAGAGUCACUCUGCAGCUCUUACAACAGUCUGAUGCACUUAGCCAGUGCAGAUAUGCUGCGCUGCCUGCUGCUGCUGCGGAAGCAGCGGGGCAGUGUGUAGUGAAGCAGUGAACCUCCUCCCCCUGGUCAGCCAGCCAGUCAGCCCAGCAGCAGCCAGUGGAGCCGCACACAGCAGCCCGUCUAUGGGACACUGAGGACUUCAUCUGGCUGCCCGGAGCCGCGCACACAGGACGCACACUGGUUUAUUCAUCCAUCGCCUCUCAUUUGUUUUAUCGACUUUGAAUUUUAUUUUUAUUUAUUUAUUUAUUUUUUUAAUUCGUCGUUCGAAGGAACUUUUCUGAAGCCUGUUUCCAUUCAGAAACUUUCACUUAUGGUUCGCGAAUAUGGGGUCAAGUUGUGGUUUCUCUCGGGGAAACAUCGCUGUGGUGGUGCUGCUGCUGCUGGACGGAGCAACAGGACUGUACUUCCCUCAGAAUGAGUACACUGAGACUGUAUACGUUGGCCAGCCGGCAGGGACGCCGAUCCUCCAGGUCCACGCCAUGCUGGACAGUAACUCUGAGCGGCCACAUUUCUACCUUUGCUGGACGAGCAAUCUCAGACGUCCAUCCUACAGCUCCUGGUUCACCCUGGACAUCCACACCGGGAUACUUUCCUUGAAUAAAACCCUGGAGGAGAGCGACUUCACCUCGCCAUAUCAAAAGUCAUGGUCUGUGAAGAAGCUGUUCCUGCAAGCCAUGGUGUUACAAGACUUCACCAAGAAGUCCCAGUGCAGCGGCAGAAACUCCAUUCGGAUCAUUCUUGACUUUGUCAAUGCCACGAUGCCUCAGUGUGCUCAGACAGAUAUGAAGGAACUAUGCUUCCCGCACAGAGACACAUCCAACCCUCACAUCAUGGAGAACAGGUUCCCCGGGGCUCUACGGCAACUCAGACGUCUCACCAGACUCAACGUGUGCCCUAACUACACCAUCUCCUACAAUGUGGAAUCAGAAACCCCAGCACCAUUUGCUGUCAAUGAGAACACCACAGAGCUGGUGGUCACUGCUCCGUUGGAUCGCGAGGAGAGCGAACGCUACAGACUCCUGCUGGUUUGCACCGUCCGGACAGAAACGGUCAUCACCAAGGUGGAAACGUCACUGGAUGUUUUUGUCAAUGAUGAGGACGAUAAUGCGCCGUACAUGAAUGGAACGGACACAGCAGAUAUUAUUAUCAGCUUCAAUCGGACGAUGGGUGGCUCUUUUGGCAAUUUGUUCGUCUUUGACAGGGAUCUAACCCCCAUCUUUCCCAUAGACCAGAGCCACAACAGGUAUGAUGGGAACUUGCUCAAUAGUGACCAAUGGAUAAAGAACACGUUUGAUAUUAAAGACACCUUCAGUGAAAAGAAAGCUGCUCGUGGAGGCAUUCGAGAGACAGUCCACAACUAUAAGCUCGUUCUGAAGAGGAACCUGUACGUGACUGAGAAUCGCACCCUGCAGCUGGACUACUUGGUCAAUGACACCACCUACCCCGGCCUGGAGGGAACAGUGGUGCUGCACUUCAACGUCACCAUCUUACCGGUCCACAUUCAGUUCUCCAACGUCACGCAUAUGUUCACAUUGACACGCAGAGCGUCUGUUUAUGCACAGGUUGGCAGAGUCUGUGUGGAAAACUGCCAGCAGUUCGAUGGCUUCAGCAUCACAUACCGGCUCGAGGUGCCAGAUAAGAACGUGUCCGCUGACGUGCUGUCCUGCUACACGGCCGUGAGCAUCACCCAGGCCCCAGACGAGAUGUGGGGACUGCUCUAUGUGAAUGACACGGAGGCGCUGCGCAGGCCCGAGUGUCAGGACCUGCAGUACCUUGUUGUGGCUCAGGAGGAGCCGACAAAACAGGAGUCCAGCACACAGAUCCACAUUAUUCUAGAUAGUGAAGCAAACAAGGCCAAUCCGGAGAACCAGCAGUUCCUGUCCUGUGCUGAAAACAGACGGCGAGCAGACUGUGAGUCUGCCCGAGGCCUGGGAGCAACAACAGGGAGAUGCCAGUGGAGGCAGGGCAGUGAGAAAGGAAUAUCUGAAAAGUACUCGACCUGCUCCCCUGACCUGCGGACAUGUCCAGAUAGCUUUUGUGAUGCAGUUGAAAGCAAAGAUACGUCAAUAUGCCCGCAAGACUGUACAAAGGGGAGUGUAAUCGGAGGUCAUGAACGAGGCUUGAGGAAUGGGAUCCAGGCCGGUUAUGGAACCUGCUACUGCUACACCGAGAAAUGCUUCUGUGAGAAGGAAGACAUCGAGGAGGCGAUAUGUGACGACAUGUGUAAGACCAUCAUCGCCACGGCUCUGCUCCUCUCCUUCAUUGUCUCCAUCCUCCUGUCCUCGUACUUCAUCCACCGGUACCACAAGAACUCGCCUAAACCCCCGAUUGCCUCUGCUGAGAUGACUUUCCGAAGGCCAGCUCAGGCUUACCCCAUCAGCUUCCCUGCUAACAACUUACGUCGGGGUUCACAGGAUUCCAACGAGACUGACACCUUUAAAAUACCCGAGGAUCCUAAGUGGGAGUUUCCUCGUAAAAACCUUGUACUUGGCAAGACUUUAGGAGAAGGAGAGUUUGGGAAAGUUGUUAAGGCCACAGCGUUCAGGCUGAAAGGAAAAGCUGGUUACACCACAGUGGCUGUGAAAAUGCUUAAAGAAAACGCCUCCAACAGUGAGCUGCGAGACCUGCUGUCAGAAUUCACUUUACUGAAGCAAGUCAACCAUCCGCACGUCAUAAAGAUGUAUGGAGCAUGCAGCCAGGAUGGCCCUUUGUAUCUGAUCGUGGAGUAUGCCAAGUAUGGGUCACUCCGUAACUUCCUGCGAGAGAGUCGGAAAGUUGGCCCGAGCUACAUGGGCAGGGACGCCAACCGAAACUCCAGCUACCUGGAGAACCCAGACGACAGGGCACUCACCAUGGGUGACCUGAUCUCCUUUGCAUGGCAGAUCUCCAGAGGCAUGCAAUACCUGGCUGAGAUGAAGCUUGUUCACAGGGACCUUGCCGCGCGAAAUGUCCUCGUAGCUGAAGGACGGAAGAUGAAGAUCUCAGACUUUGGCCUUUCCAGAGAUGUGUAUGAAGAGGACUCAUAUGUUAAGAGGAGCAAGGGCCGCAUACCUGUUAAAUGGAUGGCAAUAGAGUCCUUGUUUGAUCACAUUUACACAACGCAAAGUGACGUCUGGUCCUUUGGUGUGCUGUUGUGGGAGAUUGUGACACUGGGGGGAAAUCCAUACCCAGGUAUUGCUCCCGAACGCCUCUUUAACCUGCUCAAGACCGGCUACAGGAUGGAGAGACCGGAGAACUGCUCGGAGGAAAUGUACAACCUCAUGCUCCGGUGCUGGAAACAAGAAUCAGACAAGAGGCCGACGUUCUCAGACAUCAGCAAAGAACUGGAAAAGAUGAUGGUGAAAAGUCGGGAUUACCUGGACCUGGCGGCGUCCACGCCAGCCGAUGCCCUGCUGUACGACGACGCCCUCUCUGAAGAGGACACACCACUAGUGGACUGUAAUAACGCCCCUCUCCCUCGAACCCUCCCCUCCACAUGGAUUGAAAACAAGCUCUAUGGCAUGUCAUACCCCAACUGGCCCGAGAAGAGCCCGGUACCGCUCAACAGACAUGAUGCCACUAACCCAGUCUUUACAAGAUAUGCCAAUGAUAGUGUUUAUGCAAACUGGAUGGCUUUGCCUUCACCCGCAAAAGCUGUGGACAAGCUUGAUAGCUAAAGACAAGCCAACACUGUAGAAAAGAUGACUAAUCGGUAGAUGUGUAUAUUUCUAAAAGACUGUACAUAUACGAUCUGAUGCUAAAGUUGGUUCCCUUUUCUUUCUGUUGCACGGGUAUUCAACAUUUUAAAACUGGGGUCUUGUUGCUGCAAAAGCGGCUGGAUCAGUAUAGACCACGCUUCAUUCAGCUCUUCAGUAUGUUAAUUAUUACCUCACGGGUCAUGUUGGCCAAGUUGUACCACUGCAUGACUAUUGUACCAGAUUGUAUGCCAGUGUCAAUGUCUUUUAAGUGCCUGUGCCGCUUCUACAAUAGCCUCCAAUUGUUAAUGUGCGACUGUGAAGAUCUUGUUCCAGCCCAGGAAUUAAAGGGGACGUCUUUACCAUCAUCUGUUGUAGACAGCUGGGACUGAGAGGACAAAAGCAGAAAUGCUGAACUUGUUCUGGAAAUGUAAAGUUUCUACUUAAGAGGAUUGUGCUCCUCAAACUGUCAAAGACCCAUUUUGUGUUUCUCCCACAAAAUGUUUCAAAACUGUUCUUGCCAAAGAAAAGUAACGCAGACAUGUUCAGUGAACAGUUUUCAUGCUUUUAUUUGUAUUUUGUUUUUGUUUUGUUGUUUUUUUUUUUACAUGAAAAAUAUCAACUAGCGGGUGCAACUCCAGUGUAAAGGACAUGAGGCUUAAUGUAGAUUGUGACCAUGUCCUGUGUCAGACUACAGUUCACUUUUUGAUUCACUGUAAUGGCAAUCUUUGUGGAAAAAGUAUGAUUAUGUAAACUAAUGAGUGUUAUCAUUGCUACAUUGUUAUUAUUUGAUUAUGUUCCAAUUAAUAAUAAACAUUAAAAAUGUGCAGUAUGUCUGUUCACCUCAUGUCUCUGAGAAUAGAUAGUACGCUUUUAUUUGUUGAUUUUUAAUUUUUUUACAUUGUACAAGAUCCAACUUAUGUUUUGUUGGCUCACAUAAAUUAAUAUUUUAUAACAUCGCAAUAUAAUGUUUGGCUUCAGUUCGCCUUCUUAAAAUGAUUUGUUAAUCAUACGCUCCAUUUUUAAGAAAUGUUUGCAAUUAGAUUCUAGUCAAAUAUUUGCAGUAGCAGCCUGGGAGGUGUUUGUCCACAAAAGCCAUUUCAUGUGUAAAUAUUCGAUGUUGCGGAAUAAUGCAAAUUUUAUGUGCCUUGUCCAUUUCCACUGAGUCUCAAGUCUGAGCUCCGCUCUUGUAUGGACUGUUAGCACAUAUCUGAUGUUGAGAAACUGAUAAAGUUUUAAGUUUUAGAGGCAAAGAUUUGUGUUUCAGUG